AUGUCUCCAUUCUUCAACAUCCUACUCCCCCUCUUCCUCUCCACCCUCGCAACAGCCGCUUCAGCAGCCUCAGAUCGAAAGUGCUACUCCCUCAACGGCACCGAGCUCGACUCCACCUUCCGCCCCUGCAACCCCAACGCCCAACACAGCGGCUGCUGCGCGACCAACCGCCGCACAGGCUCCCCCGAUAUCUGUCUCGACAGCGGCCUCUGCAUGGUCACGGGCGGCGAGUACGUCGGCACGAUUUGGCAGGCUGGAUGUACGGAUCCGAGUGGGAGGGAUAAGGGGUGUCCGAGGGUGUGCCCGGUUGAUGCAUCAUCCUCACCACCAAGCACACCUCCCCCACUGCUGAUAGCAUGGAACAUCCAACCCUGCGACCUAGGCACUUACUGCUGCCGCACGAGCACCGACCGCCGUUCCUGCUGCGCGAAUCCCAGCGCCGCGAAAUUCCAAGCGAGUUCCCUGGGCUCAAUCCUAUUCCCCCCGUCGAUCAACAACGCCGUCACCGAACCCUCACCGUCUCCUUCGCUCUCGUCUGCGAAUCCGAAUGCACAGGACGGGGACGUUCGAGCCACAGCUCGCUCGACCGGCUCCCCCAUCUCCCUAUCCACCACCCCCACCAACCCCCCCAGCGACUCGCCCCUGUCGGACUGUCCCUCCACCGCCGCCUCUUUCUCCUCCUCGAGCAACACCGCAAAAAUCACCGGCGCUGUAGGCGGCACGCUCGGCUUCGUCAUUAUAUGUCUCUGCGCCCUCUUGUUCUGGAUGUACAAGUGUGAGCGCAGGCAGAGGAGGUUGAAGGAGCAUUAUGAGGAGCAGUUUGGGCAGAAUUGGGCGUGGAGGCGGACGGUGGUUGUGGGAAGUGAGGAGGGCCUUGUUAGGAGUGGGAGUGAGAAGGGUGGGGAGGAGAAUGUGGAUGAGGUUGCAGAUGUGGAAGAGGGUGCGGAGGGUGGUGAUGGCGGAAUUGGUGGGGGGAGGAAGGCGGGAGAGGGGAGGAGGGUGGGGUGA